CUUUAAUAGUUCAAUGCAGCUUGAAGCACAAUAUGUUAUUAGGUUGUGUAGUUUGCCGUAUGACAACCCAUUGCAAGUUUGUCUCUUAGUCUAUUACCAAUGAUUAAUUGAUAAUAUAACACAACCAGUCAAGAUUAUACAAGGUGACCAAUCGUGUUAUUGAUUUGCAUCUAUAUAAAUAGAUGCAUUUGCAGUAAUAUCAUGUUGUUCAAAUCCAUUUGUUAAUUGGUGGUCAACUAAAUUGAAUAUUGAAUAUUAACUAUGGAAGAAAUGGAAGUCAAAGAGAUGUUCUGUAUGAUUGAUAAGAAACAUCGGGGUAGAGUCACUUGUAGACAAUUAAGAAAAUUUCUAAGGAGGCAUGAUGCUAAAUUCAGUAGAAGAUCUGUAAAAGUCUACGUCCGGUCAAUAGACAGUGAUGGGGAUGGUAAAUUGACAUUGGACGAUUUUAUGAGGGCGCUCACCAAAUGUGACGGUACAAAAUAAAUCAUGUUAAAUGUGGAAUUUAUUCUAAACAAAAAUGAAAUUAGUAAAACGAAUGUAAGGAUAAAUUGACCUACUUAAUAAAAUCAAACACUUUAUUACUUCUUAUUGUUCUGCUAUUCAUCUGAACUAGUGUGGCUUUCUAAAAUUAUCUAACAAAGAUGUUUAUAAAUAUUGAUCUGUGUAUCACCAGAAUUAGUAUUGUGUACAUGUUUACUUGCCAAAAAAUGAUUUCACUUUUUUGUUUUACUAAAUAUGUGAUGAGUUAAUCUGUUUUAUUUCGCAUUUAUUGAUUGUUUUCUACUUGUGAUUUGAUACCUAGGGAAUUCGAUUUGUUGUUUUAGUCGAAUGAGGACUACCACUCUAUUUUAUCUGAUAUAUUGACUUUGUUUACCAAUUCAUAAUCACUGUAACGAGGAGCGGAAAUAUUUAUUAAUACAUGAAUAAUUAUAGAACAGUUAAAAUGUAACGUAAAGUCUAGGGUACUUAGUUUUCUUUAGACUAACUAAGCCCAAUACUGAUACUUAGUGUGAUCCCUGUAAGUGAGAAACUAUUAAAAUCUGUAGAUCUUUGGAAUUCUUCAAAUAUCGGUUCCUAUGAAUGGAUUCAAUACUCGGCAGUUGGCGAGAUAGAGGAUUGCU